AUGGAUAGUAAUAAUAGUAAUAAAUUUGUAAACCUAUCACAUGUAUUGUUACAAGAGAUAUUGAAUCAUUUGGAAGAUAAUAUCGAUCGAGUGAUUAUGACUUUUGUUUGUAAGAAGUGGUUUGCUGAGAGAGAAUACUACUUGACUUUCAAUACAAAGAGUGUUCCAGUGACAUCGAUAGAAACAUUCAAACACAAACAGAUUUUGAGUUCUCAUUUGAAACAAAUGGAGUACUCACUCAACAGAAAGAAAAAAUGUACUGCAAUGAUUGUAAAGGACGCCGAUGAAGGUUCGAUCUACAGUUGGCUGAAUAUCGAUUACUUUGUGUUGGUGGGACAACCGAUUCCAGACAAUGUCUAUUUAGUACAGUUUGGCGAUGGCGUCAACGUUCCACUGGAAUCACUCAACAUUCACGAGAAUGCUAACAUCACUUGGAUGCGAUUGCCACCCUCAUUCAACUAUCCACUCAGUGCCAAAGCAUUGCCAAAGAAUCUAAAGUCACUGUUCUGCGGUAAGAGUUUCAAUCAACCCAUUAGAAAAGGCGACUUGCCCGAGACACUCGAAGAGCUGUCGAUUGGCUACGACUUUUAUUACUCUCUCCAACCAGAUACGCUGCCAAAGAGUCUGACCAACUUGUCGCUAGGUCACCAUUACAUCUGUGAACUUCUCCCGAAUGUAUUGACUGAGAAUAUCACUACGGUUACGAAUAUACCAUUGACCUACCUACAUAUGUUACCACCUACGGUCACCACUGUGCGACUUAUCGGUCUAAAUGGCCAGACUCUCAAAACAGGAUCAAUACCUUCGACGGUUACAGACCUUGACUUUGGAACACUUAUGAAUCAGCCACUCGAGGUUGGAAUGAUCCCAUUCGGUGUAACCAAGCUGAAUCUAAAUAGAAUGCUACAAGUUAACGAUCCGGUGAUGGGAACCAUUCCAGAGUCGGUCAUAGAGAUAGACUUUUCUUCGUUGAACAAACCAGUGCCCAUUGGAUUCAUUCCGUCAAAGGUGGAGAAGAUUGAAUUCUCCAUUCUGUUUCAAUCGCCACUCGAAUCGAUUACAACCAUUGAAUAUACCUAUGGAUACGGAACACUUUGUCGUCGUGUCUCUGACGAUCAUUUCCUAUUGCUCGGUGAAAAGCUAAAGAGUAAAAUAACAGAUCAUUCAAUGCUUAUAGAUUCACUUAUUGAAUUUGAAGAUAAAAAAAUGAUUUGGUCAAGAUAA